AUGGCUCCCGAACCCCCUCCUCCUCUACCCGUCGCCGCCAACCAUGCGACCCUAUCAAACAAACUCUCUCUCCUAAUCGCCUCGCGAUCCUCCGUUCUAAAGAACAUGAGCCUCAGCCGCCCCACGACCACCAAACGCCGGGUCAUCCCCGACGACAACGACGAUGACCUCACACGCGGCACCGCACGCCCAAACGACGGAGUUGGCUAUGUCCCCGAGGAGAAAGAUAAACAGAAAUUCGCCAAUGCCAAAGUGGAGAGAAUGCUGCGGGGUAGAAUGGCCAAGGGAGGUACCGGCAAGGUAAAGAAGAAGGUGGAUGAGAGCGAGAGUGAGGAAGACGCCGGUAGGAGUGCGUUAGGCAAAAGGAAAAGGCCGCGAAAGGAAAAGGAGAUUAACCAAGAGCCCGUGGCGGAACCCGAACCCGAAUCUAGGGUCCAGCAUGUGCCUACAGAGCCAGCUGAAGAUGAGGAAAAGAAUGAAGCUGGAGGUGAAGCCGUGGAAGAUAUCAUCAUGGAGGACGGCGUCACUAAGGGAGAGGACACUGAUAAAGGAAAAGAAGCGAUAGACAAGAAGCGCAAAAGAAAGAACAAGAAAAAGAAGAAGCAGCAGACCAAUAUUGGGGAGGCAGCGGCAUGA